AUGGACGGCGCCGCCUCCUACGACCCACCAGGUGGGUAUGAGUCGUCGACCGCGGUGACGCCCGCCGCAAAGACUCUGAACCAGCUCCAUCACGAGCUCGAGCCCUUGGUAUGAUUUCCUAUGUCCCCCAGUUUCCACUCAGCACUAACACUCGCUAGGCUAUCGACGUAGGCACGCUCAUCAUGCUCGUCCUCAACGUCGCAGUUCUGAUUGUGGCGGUCUUGCUGUGCGUGCUUCUCUUCAUCUUCGUGCUCUGCUGGCUUUGCCUGUUUUGGCUCCAGGCUCGCUUGCUGCUUGGCGCCUCCUUCGCGCUGCAGGCUUGCAUGCAGGAGCCUGUCACGAGCUGCGGGAGCCAGACGCAAGCUCCAGACGACACGGACUCUGAAUAUCAAACCGCAUCCGAAGGCACGGACUCCGAAUAUCAAACCGCCUCCGAAGGCACAGACCCGCAGCAGUACAGUAACGACCAGGAUGAGACUUCCGAGCACGAUGUAGAGCUCUUCGACCAGGAGAACUUGGCACAGCAGGCUCCGGAUGAAGGAGUCGAUAGCCAGGAAAGAGUCAAUGAUGACGAUGCAAGCGAAGUGAACCUGCCAAAUCACGAGAGCCAUGCCAUCAUGGAAUCCUCUGGCGAUCAGUGGCCAUCUCCUGAGGCUCCGGCAGUGCAGGAGCAGCCACAAGCAAAGCGCGACCAGGCUGAAUGGAUGGCAGAGCCGCUCUCGUCAGGCCCAGAAGGAAUUACAGGAAGAGACGAGUCUCAAGUCUUGAGCGAGCAGUUGCAGUCUGCCGAUAAGGUCUCGAAUGAGCGUGCUCCCAAUACCCAGCCGCCGUCUCGUUUCAGCGCUGAGCAACUCGAGGCUGCGAGGAAUUUCAUGGCAGAAGCUACACCACCGCAACCAAAAGCGAAGGCCGGGAGAUCAACCCAGCCACCAAGACGCUACCAGCCAGCCCAGGCUCGUGGCCCCAGUGGCCGACAGGCGUUGCAGCAUCCAGUAGAUCGGCCCUCCCGUCCACAGGCCAGCGCGACGACAACGAAUCGCGCUCCCAUGCUCCCGCCAAACCCCGACGCUGCAGUUCCGCCUCAUUUGCGCAAACUCCAAGCAGCCCAGGCAAAGCAAGUCGACUUUCCCACCGCCGGCUCCGGCCGUGAAGCUCGAGCUACUUCACACGACCUUUCUGGUCGUGUUGGUAACGCAGCGACGGCUGUGAAUGGGCCGGAUCCUUUGUAUGCCGAUGAGAAUCAAGCGCCGAAGCUGCACGCACGCACCGUAUUCCACCGCCCAGAAGCAUUCUCGAAGCCGGACACGAACGCAUUGCAGGCGACCCAUCAUGCCGCACGUGGCCCCACGACUGGUAUCACGGCAAAGAGCUUGCCUGCUGCUGAGAAAGAGACCCAAGAUACCCUACCACUCGCUCUCGCUCUUCCAGCUAUGGACCUUGAGCAGGCUGACGGCGAUCUUUUAGGUGCCGACACUGCUCCGAAAGCGCCAUCCAGUCUUUCGCCCAACACCGCUCCAGUGCGCCUGUCUACUGCGGAAGAGCUAAUAUCCCUAGACACUGUCCAGACGCCUUCAAACGCUCAAACCGUCCUGUGCUCGCAGUGUGAUAGGUGGACCGCCCAGCCCUCACGCAUGGGCCAAUACGGACUCUGCAUGCAUUGUGCGUCUGCCAUGCCCAAGAUCGAGCAUGCGAAGCAGGUCAUUACAGGCAAGACCAGUGAGGCCUUUUCAGCGAAGACCACUAAGGGCAAGGAGGCACGAGCCCCUCCCGGACUAGGCGCCGCACAAUCAGACCGCCAGGGUGAGUUUGAUCUUCUACUCGCGGGAGAGGCAACUGCAGCGUCUGUUGCGGAGUCUGAUACUGUCAAGCACCGACGUGGCGAGCAAGAGACCAGCCCGCCUUCAGAGACUGAAGUCGCCGAAUCUGAUGUCGCCAACCAGGGUCUUACACCACCGGCGUCAGAAGUCCAGGACGAAGAAGCUGCCACACAGACUCCACCACAGCAAGGUACCAGACGAGAGAAGAAAGCUGCGCGCGGUACCGCGCGCGAAGCCCUCAAGGAGGCUUGGUGCGACAGAGAAUUAGCACGCUCCCGCGUGGUUGACGGAUGGUCAUACGAGGAUGCACAAGAGUUGGUUGAGGCCACGAGACGAUACAUGGGGAAGCGAAAUGCCCUCAUGGAAGUUUCGAAGAAUCAUCAACUCGAGGAUGACGAUGCCAAGUUCUAUCCAUCCUUUCGCGAGGCCGAUUGCAUGAAGCCAAAGCACAGUCCAGUGACCAAAGUGGAGUUGAGUGAUUUGAAGAAGAGGAGAGCUGCAGAGAAGCUUGCUACGGACGGUGCAGAGUCCACCAAGGCUGAUGCGUCUCAAGGAGCUGCCGUUGAUGCUGAGUCUGAGGCUCUCGAGAAUAUGAAAGCGGCGAGAAGACUUAGGCAGAAUGCCCUGGACCACUUCGAGCCGGCGAUGCAUCCGUCGAACCCUGGAUAUGCACAGUGGAAGAAGGAAGGCGAUGCGAAGCUUGCGCGCGCCAACUCGCACUAUAAGAAGAAGAGGGAGAAAUUGGUCGCGGACAUGGGGGGAAGUUUGCCGUCCAAGCUGGCACUCGAGUUCCCUGGUAUCUGA